UUGUGGGAGAGUCCUCGAAGACAUUGCCAUAUGCCCUUGUCUCUCAAUUGUUCCCAUGACUCCUAUCUCAGCCCUCCUUUACCAAUGAUUCAAGUUGCCUUCUUACACAUAUCCUUUUAUCUCUCUCUCUCUCUCUAUAUAUUCUUGGUUGCGAGCAUUUUAGAACCAACACAAAUCAUUCACACCCUGAAGCAUUCAAAAUUCAUAAGCCAGAACUUCCAAGUCUUUUAUAGACCAUUUUCUUCUCAAGUCUCAUUAAAUAUAAUACAACAAUGGGUUUUCGUCUACCCGCAAGUAUCAGAAGGGCAUCAUUUGCUGCCAACCAAGCAUCUUCAAAAACUUUGGAGGUGCCAAAGGGCUAUCUUGCAGUCUAUGUUGGAGAGAGAAUGAAGCGGUUUGUGAUCCCCAUAUCAUACUUGACCCAACCUUCAUUCCAAGAAUUGUUGAAUCAAGCUGAGGAAGAGUUUGGAUAUGAUCAUCCCAUGGGUGGUCUUACAAUUCCUUGCAGCGAAGAUGUCUUCCAAAACAUAACUUCACGCUUGGUUGGGCUGUAACUCGAUCUCGUACUGUAGAAGACUGACAUAGUUUUGUAGAAUAGGCAUCUUCUCAAUUUGUAAAGAUCUCCUUUUUGAGAAAUAGGAGAAAAGAAAAAAGCUUUAGAAUGAAUGACAAUUUUGUUCCAUUUAUUUUUGUUCAAUGUAAAUGAAUUCAAUUACUCAAGCAGUAGUUCCUCUCUUUUUUCUAUUAA